CGUCAGGUCCAUCAAAAUGGGACGAAUCAAUUCCAGCCUCCAUAAGAAGUCUAGGCGGGUUCUGGAAGACGGGUAGAAACCCGUCUGAUACACCCACCCACCCACGCCAUCCUUAACCCUAACGAACUGAAGCUCAACGUUGGCCUAACCCCGGGCGUUAACACCAACGGCUAGUCCUUGCCCUUUUGACGGCGCGCGUAUCCGCCUGGUCAAAUCGUGGAUUGGGUGAACCAUGGCCGAAGUCAUGUUUUUCUCGCGGGAAUCACAUUCAAGGGUCAUGAGUCAACUUCAAGGAAUAAGUCUGGCACUAGCAAACAGGACUGCACUAGCACCUUCCCCAAAUUUAUCGGUUGGCAAUCAAGAUAUCCAUGUCUCAACUGCCGAUAUGGGUAGGAUGGGAGGAAGUCGACAUGGUGGGCAGUGGAAGGUAUCAUCGCGUCUGUCCACUACACUAUCGAAACCUCUCCCGCUCCUUUUCUCUUUCUUGGGUGUAGGCAUGUGGCGUCUCGAAAUAGACAUAUGUCACCAAGUGUUCAAGAUUUUACGAGCUGGAACUAAGGGUGCUGGUUGGGCACGGCCCAAUCAACGCUCUGAUCGAGACGCAGCUGGGGAUGUACGAGCGAUCUUGGUGAGGCUGAGGCAAAUACCGCGCGCUCGGUUCUCAUCGAUUUCGAACUUGACACUAUCGAAUUGAAGUGGGCCAUGUUGAAAUCACGAAGCUUGAGGCCACGGCUUGCAUGCAUAGGGUUCGAUGUCAGGCUUCCUUGCAAGAUUGCCUUUCGAGACGAACAG